ACCGCUCUUUCAUCCGAGGCCAAUACGUUCACAGCUGAUCUAGUUAGAAUGGCCGUUCAGCAACCUUUCUUAAAUCCGAGGUUACCAUUCACCGGUUCCAUCAAAGGCGGUUUAUAUGAGGGAAAGAGUAUCACAGUGACAGGGAGGGUCCUCCCAGGAGCGGAAAGGUUUCAUGUCAACCUGUGCACGAAGGGACAGGCGGAGAUAGCCCUCCACUUCAACCCACGUUACAGCGGCAACUCUGGCUACAUCGUGUGUAACACCAAGCAGGGGUCCUCGUGGGGAUCGGAAGAACGCAAAUCAGGGACGCCUCUGCCUCGAGGCGCCGAUUUCACUCUCACCUUCCUGGUCAACCGCGAUUCUUAUUCGGUAAUUGUGAACGGCGCUCACCUCUUGGAGUAUAAGCACCGUCUCGCGGCGACUGGUGUGAUCGCGAUUUCAGUGGAAGGGGGAGUGGAGAUCCAGUCUAUUGCAUUUCAAAAUCCCGCUACUUUCUGUCCACCACAGCCAGCCUUCCCCCACCCGAGCCAGGGGGGUCACAAUAAAUCGCGGCGUGGUAAAGCUGCCUCUGGUUUCCAACGGCAACCAUCUCACCACAAUCAGGUCUUUGCCCCUGCCCCAGGUUUUGUUGCUGCUCCGCCUCCCUACAGUCCUCCACAGGCGUUUACUGUUCCAUACAAGACGGUAAUUCAAGGUGGCCUCUACCCUGGUAGAAACAUCAUUGUUCAAGGUCUGGUCAACCACAAUGCAGACAGGUUCUGCAUAAACCUGCGUUUUAAUUCAGGCAUCGCACUACACUUCAACCCACGCUUCAAUGAAAACACGGUGGUCAGAAACACUCAGCUGCAGGACAAGUGGGGGCCAGAGGAGAGAGCCGGGGGAAUGCCCUUCUACAGGGGCCAGCCGUUUAUGGUAACCAUUGUGUGUGACACCCAGUGCUACAAGAUCAUGGUCAACGGGGUCCAAAUGUUCACCUACAAACAUCGGCACUUCCUGUUCCAGCAGAUUGACAUCCUGGAGGUGAUGGGUGACGUCAGCCUGUCCUCAGUGAUGGUUUGAGUGUGGGUGAUGAAAAAAUAAUGCAGGCAUUUGUAUGACACAGAGACUAGUAAUGACGAUGUUUGAUUGCAUCGUUGGCUUAAUUUCUGCACUGAAUUGUAAAAAGUGUGGUUGGCCUGUUGUUUUAAUUUUUCAAAGCUGAUGUAUUGUGUUUGUAUGUGUUUGCAGCAGGCAAUUUGUAGGGGGAAUGCCAUCCCCCUUAUUAACCCGCCAUCCCCCUAUAUACUCUAUAGAGUAGUGUCAGUGACCAUUGGGCCAUCCCCCCUGUUAAAAAAUAACAAAUCGCCUACUGUGUGUUUGUAUGUGUUGCCUUACACAUCCUGAAGCCUACUGAAGAGAUUCUCCUCAUCUCUAAUUAGCCAACAAUUUUGUUUUAGUUAAAAGUGCCCGUGAAUAUGUUAACUGAAAACGUUAAUGUAGAAUCCUCGGAAUUUGGAUGGAACAGUAAUGACUUACCACUUACUGACACUAGGGGAGCUACUGCUUCAGAAAUCACUAUUAGUCUUCAACUGGGAUACAGAAUGAAGACUUGCUCUGAUACCAGUCAUUCACUGACAGUGGGCUGAUCAAAGAGAGCGAAAUGAACACUGAGGUUAAAGUCAGUUUUAAGGUGUAUUUGCUUUGCUUUUGACUGACAACAGUUAACAAUUGCAUUGUACCUAAAAUAAAAUGCUGUUUGUCAUGUCUAAAUGUUUUAAAAUAAAGC